AUGGUCAUGGAGCCAGUGCAGGAGGGAGCGGUGGAGUCCUGUCGGCUAUGUGGUGCCCAGGAGGGGAAGUUACUGCACCUGGAUGACACCUUCUCCAUCCUAGGCACCUCCUCCACCAUCCUUCAUCUCCUCCACAGCAUUUCAGUCUUCCUUAAAGUACAGAGUGAGUGUGAACCUCUGAUGCCCCACCACCUAUGCUGGCACUGCUUCAAUACAGCUGUUGACAUCAAUGCUUUCAUUGAUUCUGGCAUCAAUUUUCAGAGGACCACCAUCAAUCAUAUCCUUCCAUCUCAUAACACAAGGACAGCAGAAGCUCCCUGUCACUCUCUCCUUCCAGUACCAGCUCCCAGUGAGAAUGCCCCUGAGGUCAUACUUCAGGGAGAGCUGGUGCAGGAGGGAGAGGAGGAGAGAGAGGUAGUGUUGGGGGUGAGUGAUGACCAGAUGGGUGGUGCCUCUGUAAUGACUGUAACCAAAGAGGAAACAAGAUUAGAAGGAUGUUACCAAAAUAUACAGAAUAACCUGGAUAAGAAAUCUGAAGGUAAGACAGACUGGGAAGGUGAUGGCAGCUUCCAGUAUCCAUCACAAAUUAACCAAAGAUCAGUUAAUGUAGAAGCAGCUAAUGUAGGAGAAUUUUUUGAGAAUAAACAAGAAGAACCCCUAGAAAAUACAAAUUGUGGUCAUGAAGAGAAAGUAGACCAGCAUCAAGGGAGCAAACAGUUAUUAGAGGAGGAUAUGAAGAAAUCAGGAGAAGAUAAUGCAAGGGAGAAGUGUUCAUACUGUAACAAGACCUUCCAGAGACAAAGUCAACUGAAGAGUCAUCUGGCCAGCCACAGCGAGGCACGGCCACACCAGUGCCAAGUGUGUGGUGUGGCCUUCAAGCAUCGCAGAAACUUGGUGGAGCACUCCCACACCCACAGCCAACAGCCGUCCUUCAUCUGUGCUGUAUGUGGCCUCACCUUCAAGCAAAAGAGCAAUUUGCUGAAGCAUGAGAGGACUCACAGGAGGGAGAGUGUGCCCAGCUACAGGUGUGAGGUGUGUGGUAACCAGUACUCACAAUCCUCACAUCUCAAAACACACAUCAGGAAUGCACAUGGCAACAAUCCAGGCUUCCGUUGUGAGCAGUGCAGUGUGGUGUUGGUGCGCCGCUCAUCCCUGCGCCGCCACAUGGCCACCGUACAUGCCUCCUCCACCAGAUUCACAUGUCCACACUGCAACAAGGGCUUCACUAAUCAGCAAAAUUACCAAGGCCACAUUCGGAGCCACACUGGGGAGCGGCCGUACCGGUGCUUAGUGUGCUCCAAGGCCUUCACCACUCCCAAGGCCCUCAGCAGGCACCGCUUGGUUCACCAGGGCACCAAGACUCACAAGUGUACCCAGUGUGGCAAAGCCUUCCUGGAGCUGUGUGACCUGAAGCGACACACCAAGCGACACCUGCAGAAGAGUGCCAAGAGGGCCAAGGCAGCAGCCACAAAUGGAUGCCAGCCAGCAGCCACUGGUGACCCUGCUGAUCCUAAUGUGGGCUCCAUUAAUCUCAUGGUGCUGACAGACUCUCUCAUCUUUACUGAAUCUCAGCAGCUUCUUGACAACCAAGAGCCAAGGCCUGAUCAGGUAAUCUUGCCCAAUGGAAAACUGGAUGGUCCCAAAGAUGUCACCAGGGAUGCUGUGUUACAGAGUGAACCACCACCUCUAGAGCUGCAGAAAAAGCCCAAUGUUGAAGUAAUCUCUUCAGGCCCUAUGCUGCCAGCUGCAUCAGACAUGGAGGCUGUGCUGCAGCCUCCAGUAAUGGGGGACAUGGCUGCUCCACUCCACUCUGGCCAAGUUUUACAGCCCACCACCAUUGAGGUUGGGGAUGGUGCCAGCACACCCCAAGUGGACCUUGUGCCCCGUGAGUGUCCUGGAGGCUCUGUUGCUCCUGAUGCACCAACAAUGGUAGUGCUGGCCUCAGCAAGCACUCCUACUGAGUACCUGCCUGAUCCAGAGCCUCGAGCAGGCGCCAGAGCCAGCAGCCCAGUUGGGGAUGUAGGUGAGCGGGUCCUGAGCCACGCCACAUGGUGACCUGUGGCGUGGGGUUAAGGCAGUAUUUAAGCAAUGGGGAAAAUUGGUUUUAAACCCUUAUAUAAGGGGACAUGAAAAUGCAGUAUUUUUGUGGCACAUAUUCCACACACACACACACACACACACACACACACACACACACACACACACACACACACACACACACACACACACACACACACACACACACACACACACACACACACACACACACACACAC